CGCGCGUCCGUCCGCGCGUGUCCCCGCGUCCCCGCGCCCGCCGUCCCGCGCCGGCGGAACUGUGGGAUCGCCGCGCACAGGAAGUGGCGGCGGCGCCGAGGCGGAGGGCGGCGAUGGGGGCCCGGGGCGGCGGGCGCCGCACUCGCUGAGGCCCGACGCAGGGCCGGGCCGGGCCCAGGCCGAGCGCAGCGGCCGCACGCGCCGACUCGAGGAUCGCGACCAGCAGGUGGAGUGCAGGAGGCAGCUGUCCAGCUCUGUCUGUCAUCUCUGCUCUUGGGACCCUAAGGUGAUUGGUUAGCAAUGUCCUCACGUGAUUCCUGGAUUCCUGGGACUCAGAAUGAAUGCCAGGCAGCCGUCACCCUGCCCAGUUUCUCCAGUCCAUGUUUGCCUGCAGCCGAGAAGGCCCUGCAGGUCGGACACCCUUGAGGACAGCCAUCACCUGGCCCUGCUACCCCGUGCCUUGGACGGCUGUUCUCAGUGAAGGACCGUGCGCCCGCCCCUGAGCAGCGACCAUGGGCCUGCUUGCCUACCUGAAGACCCAGUUCGUGGUGCACCUGCUCAUUGGUUUCGUCUUUGUAGUGAGUGGGUUGGUUAUCAACUUCACCCAGCUGUGCACACUGGCCCUCUGGCCCAUCAGCAAGCAGCUAUACCGCCGCAUCAACUGCCGCCUGGCCUACUCGCUCUGGAGCCAGCUGGUCAUGCUCCUGGAGUGGUGGUCCUGCACGGAGUGCACUCUCUUCACCGACCAGGCCACCGUGGACCGCUUUGGGAAGGAGCACGCAGUUGUCAUCCUUAACCACAACUUCGAGAUCGACUUCCUCUGUGGGUGGACCAUGUGCGAGCGGUUUGGUGUGCUGGGGAGCUCCAAGGUGCUGGCUAAGAGGGAGCUGCUGUGCGUGCCUCUCAUCGGCUGGACGUGGUACUUUCUGGAGAUCGUAUUCUGCAAAAGGAAGUGGGAGGAAGACCGGGACAUUGUCAAAGAGGGGCUGAAGCGCUUGGCGGACUACCCAGAAUGCAUGUGGUUUCUCCUCUACUGCGAAGGAACACGCUUCACAGAGACCAAGCACCGCAUCAGCAUGGAGGUGGCUACCUCCAAGGGGCUGCCGCCACUCAAGUACCAUCUACUGCCCCGGACCAAGGGUUUUACCACUGCGGUCCAGUGCCUCCGGGGGACAGCUGGAGCCAUCUACGAUGUGACCCUGAACUUCAGGAGUAGUAAGAACCCGUCCCUGCUGGGAAUCCUCUAUGGGAAGAAAUAUGAGGCGGACAUGUGUGUGAGGAGGUUCCCCCUGGAAGACAUCCCUGCAGAUGAGAACGACGCAGCCCAGUGGCUUCACAAGCUGUACCAGGAGAAGGACGCCCUGCAAGAGAUGUACAAGCAGAAGGGCACAUUCCCAGGAGAGCCGAUCAAGCCUGCCCGAAGGCCGUGGACCCUCCUGAACUUCCUGUGCUGGGCCACCAUCCUACUGUCCCCCCUCUUCAGCUUUGUCCUGGGUGUCUUUGCCAGUGGAUCCCCUCUCCUCAUCCUGACAUUCUUGGGGUUUGUAGGAGCAGCUUCCUUCGGAGUCCGAAGACUGAUAGGAGUGACCGAGAUAGAAAAAGGCUCCAGCUAUGGCAACCAAGAGCUUAAGAAAAAGGAAUAAUUAAUGCUGUGAUUGAACACCUAUAACCUGACGCGGUAUCCAAUUAACUCAAUUAAAAACAGAACACACGA